AAAUAACACAGAGCAAAGUUAGUCAGCAAGUUGCAUAGCUUCUGCAUUCUGAUUCUUUGGAGCCCUUUUGUACCAAGCUUGACAGGAUGUUUUUAACAGAAUGUGACCUCACUGGGAUACCAGAGAACCGAAUAAGCAAGUCAGAUCCAGUUGUUCACCCAAGUCCUAGAAGCAGCGGUGGGAGAAUUGGAGUGGUGGCAAAUCCAGCAACACCAGGCGACAGUGACCUUCUGGAUACCCGUUCUCCAUCACUUGGUAAAGAGAAUGAAAUUCAGGAUUAUCUGUUGAAUCAGGCAAGGCAUCUUGGGCUCAGUGAAGAAUUUGGUCCUUUGGAAUCUGCACAUAAUUUCACCUGGAAACACUCAAAGAUGGAUGCAGAUGGGGAAAAUAAAAAGCUGCGCACACGCUCAAAAGGAAUCAAGGUUCAAGUGGACUCUAUAGCUCAAGAGCUCAGUGCCUACAAAUGCUCCAUGGCUAAGAAGAGAAAAGCUGAAGAACAGAUAUCAGGCGUUCCUGUCAACAAAAGGAAGUCCCUGUUAAUGAAACCCCGCCACUACAGCCCCAACUUGGAAUGCAAAGAAGAAAAUGAAGACAGGAUGGAUUUACAGGAAGAGAUCAGUGUCCUUGAAAGAAGCUCAACUCCAGAGGAAAGCACUCCAAAAUCAUCUGAAGAAACCUCUCAUUCAGGUGGGCAAGAAAAUUCCAGUCAAAGGAAAGAUAACUACUCCAGCUAUCAAGAUGCUGUGGCCAAAUCUUUGAUGAACAUGGGAAAAUUAUCGAAAGAUGCACCCAGUCAAACAGUGGCAGAAAAUCUAAAUGAUAGCGGCAUUCAGUCCUUAAAAACAGAAAGUGAUGACACUGAUGAAUGUUACAUGAUUAACUCAGUUGAAGGAAAAGAAAAGACUGUUAUUUCUGACCCAAAAUACUGUUCAUCUGAGGAAAAUGAAAGUAACUCUGAAACUAUGGACAACGAGUGGGACAGCUCCUCAAAUUUCUCAGAAGAAACAAGCGUAAAGCCCCAUGUGACUCAAAAGUAUAUUGUAGAGUGUAAUCAACCUAGCAUCCUGGAAGUCCCAGAAAUUAAGAAGGAAGAGGUAGAAUUUGGCCCUUGUGAAACACUUUGUGACUCCGAAACAGAGCUAAGAGCACCCCAGGAGUCUCACCCAGAUCCUUUCGAGAAGAGAAUUCAGAAUCCCUUCCCUGAAAGUGAAGAAGAUGACAAUGAGUGCCUGUCAGAAACCACGGAAGUGUCGGUUGAGCUGGACAAAACAAAAGGGAACUUGAGUUUGCUGGAACAAGCAAUCGCUCUGCAGGCAGAGCAAGGGCAUGUGUUUCACAGCACCUACAAGGAACUGGACAGGUUUCUCCUGGAGCACCUAGCAGGGGAAAGGAGACAAACCAAAGUUACUGACAUUGGUGGGAGACAGAUAUUUAGCAACAAACAUUCACCCAGGCCUGAAAAGAGAGAAACCAAAUGUCCCAUCCCAGGAUGCGAUGGCACAGGGCACGUGACUGGGCUGUACCCUCACCACCGCAGUCUCUCAGGCUGUCCACAUAAAGUUAGAGUGCCACUAGAAAUUCUUGCCAUGCAUGAAAAUGUUUUAAAGUGCCCCACCCCAGGAUGCACUGGAAGAGGACAUGUCAACAGCAAUCGCAACACACACAGAAGCCUUUCUGGUUGUCCAAUUGCUGCAGCUGAAAAGUUGGCAAUGUCCCAGGAGAAGAUCCAGCUCGAGUCUCCGAAAGCUGGGCAGUGCCAUGAUCAGACUCACAGGACAAAUUUAGCAAAACAGCCGGAAGUAACUCAAUAUAAUUACAGAACUUCACAGCCAGUCACCUCCUCCAGAGCCACCCUGACAAAAGAACAGGAGAAGUUUGGGAAAGUACCAUUUGAUUAUGCCAGCUUUGAUGCACAAGUCUUUGGCAAACGCACAAUAGCACCUGUGGCACAAGGACGAAAAACACCCCAGUUCCUUGAAUCAAAGCAUUUUUCAAAUCCAGUGAAAUUUUCUAAUCGACUGCCUAGUGCUAGCGCCCACACACAGAGCCCUUGCCAUGCCAACUCUUAUAGCUACGGUCAAUGUAGUGAAGACACCCACAUAGCAGCAGCUGCUGCUAUCCUGAACCUUUCCACCCGCUGCAGGGAAGCAGCAGAGAUCCUCUCCAACAAACCACAGAGUCUGUCUGCCAAGGGAGCUGAGAUAGAAGUGGAUGAAAAUGGCACCCUGGAUUUGAGCAUGAAAAAGAACCGAAGCCAAGACAAAGUUAUGCCUCUCACUUCUUCCAGCACAGCACUUCCCACUCCUUCCUCUUCUCCUUUCAAAACAAGCAGCAUCUUGGUAAAUGCAGCCUUCUACCAGGCUCUUUGUGAACAGGAAGGCUGGGAUACACCAAUCAACUACAGCAAGACCCAUGGCAGGAAAGAAGAAGAAAAAGAGAAAGAUCCAGUGAGCUCUCCAGAAAACAUGGAGGAAAAGAAGUAUCCAGGAGAUGUCUCCAUACCAAGUCCUAAACCCAAGGUCCAUUCAAGAGAUCUCAAAAAGGAACUCAUCACCUGUCCAACUCCAGGAUGUGAUGGUAGCGGCCAUGUAACAGGAAACUAUGCUUCACACCGCAGUGUUUCUGGGUGUCCAUUAGCUGACAAGACAUUAAAAUCCCUUAUGGCUGCUAACUCUCAGGAGCUUAAGUGCCCGACACCUGGCUGUGAUGGUUCUGGCCACGUGACAGGGAACUAUGCAUCUCACAGAAGCUUAUCUGGUUGUCCUCGUGCCAGGAAAGGGGGUAUCAAAGUGACUCCUACCAAGGAAGAAAAGGAAGACCCUGAACUUAAAUGCCCAGUGAUAGGCUGUGAUGGCCAAGGUCACAUAUCAGGUAAAUACACUUCUCAUCGCACUGCUUCUGGUUGUCCUUUGGCUGCCAAGAGACAGAAGGAGAGUCCCGUCAAUGGGUCUUCACUAUCCUGGAAACUGAACAAACAAGAGCUGCCACACUGUCCUUUGCCAGGCUGCAACGGGCUGGGUCAUGUUAAUAAUGUUUUUGUCACCCACAGAAGCCUGUCUGGUUGUCCUCUGAAUGCACAAGCCAUAAAAAAGGGCAAAAUUUCGGAAGAAUUAAUGACUAUCAAGCUUAAAGCAAGUGGUGGUAUUGAGAGUGAUGAAGAAAUCAGACACUUGGAUGAGGAAAUAAAAGAACUGAAUGAAUCCAAUCUUAAAAUUGAAGCUGACAUGAUGAAACUCCAAACCCAGAUCACAUCUAUGGAGAGCAAUUUGAAAACAAUAGAAGAAGAGAACAAACUCAUAGAGCAGAACAACGAGAGCCUGUUGAAGGAGUUAGCUGGCUUAAGCCAAGCCCUCAUCUCCAGCCUCGCUGACAUUCAGCUUCCACAGAUGGGGCCAAUCAGUGAGCAGAAUUUCGAAGCAUAUGUAAAUACACUCACAGACAUGUACAGCAAUCUGGAACGGGACUAUUCCCCCGAAUGCAAAGCUCUGCUGGAAAGUAUCAAACAGGCAGUGAAGGGCAUCCAUGUGUAGGAUGUGAAAGCUGCUGGGCAACAGAAAUUACUUAACAGCAGUAAACUCCAGAUGGAUCUGUUAGGAGUUCAUGUACUGCUAAGGGGUGUAGGUUGCCAUGCUGCAUUUACAAUUGCAACAUUGCACUAAUUUUUUUCCCAGCUGACAUAAAAAAAAAAAAAAAAAAGAAUAAAACCACAACAGACUAUUUGUAUUAACAGCAAUGCACUCUGUUAGUAUAUUGUAUUUAUUUCAGUACAAUUCCUUUUUUUUUUCUUCUUUUGCACUCAGUUUUUGUAAAGUGAAUGUAAAAAGUGUGUGCGACUAUUUUUUAUAUUUUUUAUUUAUUUCUAAUCAAAGAGUUGUUUUUUUUAUCUUUUAACAGCAUUUUUGCGGCCUGCCAUAUUUUUACAAAUGUGUUUAUUAAUUUAUUUUCCAACGGGAUUUUAAAUAGACUGAAAAGUUAUACUGUAAAUUAAAUAACUUGCUGGGUUUGUACAGGAAGAAAAAAAAAAAAAAAACUAUGAAAGUAACAAAUGACUGAACCGUGGUUCUAGUUUUAUUUUCCUCACAUCCUGCUUUUUUAUAAUGGCUUUGUAUCAGAAAUGGGUUUGCGGUAACAUGAGAUGUGAAGAUGCAUGGAAUGAGAAGAUAAAUGGUGCCCACUAGUGGGGAACUCGGGCUCUUAAAAAGCACAGUAUGCUGGAAAACAGUGUGUUAAAGAAUACGUUAGCAAUAAUGAAAUAUAGCAAUCAGCAAAGCACUUGACUCGGCUGUGUGAUUUAGCCUAUGCGGAUGAUUAUUUAAAAUGUUUCAAGAGAACUUCAGAUUUAUUUUACCACUGCAGUUUUUUGUUUUUGUUUUUUUUCAGAGUUAGCUCAUGGUAGGGAAAUGACAAUUAUCUCUAAACAAGAAGGGUAAUUUGAUAGGACUGGUACUUUUUUAGUACCAGAUGUUGAGGUUUUAAGCAAGUGACCAGUAUUGCUAUGGUUUUGGAUUUGGAAAAAAAAACAAACACAUCCCAAGCUGAAGGCUUUGUACAUAAUCGAAUCGAACACAUCUCCCCUGAAAUGGCAUUUAAUACUGGUUUGAACUUAACGGCAGCUGAG